ACACGAGCUCUGGGUGCUAUUUUGAGACGGCCAGGCAGCAGCAUUUAGAGCGCUACAUUUCCCCGAAGGAUUCGACUGCCAAAACGGGGAACGGGCUCGUAGCAACGAAUGAGGCAACUUUUUGGCACAGGUCUAUUUUGCUGGCCAACAGUGUCUCUACCACGAUGUAAUUGGUUCCUAUUGAUAAUGCCGGACAACAUGGCUGGUAGAGCCUUAACAACGACUUACAGCGAUGCAUUCGGCGAUAUGCAACUGACGUGUGACAGAGUAGAGAUGGCAGGUUCCGUGUUUCAUCAAAGGAACUAUCCCACAGCUGCCGUGAUUAUUGGUCAACGGGGUUGCUAUCCGUUGGUUGGGUUACAAGUUAUUCGAGUGUUUAUUCCAUGUCUAUAUGAAUGCCUUCUUCCCGGGCCCUUGAUGACAACUCCUCAUCAAUUAUCUCAUCUAAUCUCAGUUGAAUACAACACUCGUUUUUAGCUGUAAUCCCAGGCAUGAGCAAGAGUGAAUUUGAAACGAUGUCGAACGCUCCCGA